GCUCAUGCGGCUGCUGCUGCCAGCAGAAAGGAGCCGACAUCCGAAACCGGCGCUGCCCGCUGCCGUGACAAGUUGUGGGAUAGGCAAACUACUAGCGACCGCAAAUGGAUGUCUAUCGGGCCUUGAACUCCCACGCUGGAAGAUAAGGAGAACCUCAGAUUGAGCUGUAAAUGCGUCAGCAUCAGAGAGCUCAGUAUGAAGAAGACAGUCCGGCCAGCGGUGAGUAAGGUGAGUGGCGAUCGGGGGAAGUCCGAGGCCGCGGCCACCGGUGGUGCUGGAAAGCCUACAUCCAAAAGCAACAGUGUUGCUCCUUUGUCUAAGGUGAAAAGCAAUGAUGACCUCUUAGCAGCUAUGGCUGGAGGGAACCCUGCAUCAAAUAGUGCUGUCACGAAGACCAAGAGGACUGCCUCUAUUGGGACUAGUGCCAACAACCUAGACAGCAAGCCAAAGACAACAUCAGGUACUUCAUCCAAGCGUACAUCAUCAUCAACUUCCAAGGAGCCAAGUUCAUCACGAGACCGCCUUCGGACAUCCAGGACAUCAGCAGCUAAAAAGCAGCUUGUAUCAGGGACUGUAGCUGGAGAUGUGGCCUCAGGAAAGCGCUCUCGCAGCCAGACCCUGGCAGAGUCUGAGGGCCGUAUGAGCAAGUCUAAAUCAGAUGGCCAGAUUAGUGAUAAAGUGGCUCUGGAAGCCAAAGUCAAAGACCUGCUUGGUUUGGCCAAGAGCAAAGAUGUGGAGAUCCUUCACCUUCGCAGUGAAUUGAGGGACAUGAGGGCCCAGCUCGGCCUGGGGGGGAAGGAAGCGCCACAGCAGGAAGAAGCUGGGGAGGAAGAGAAGCCCCAGGUUUCAGCCAUCACAGCAGCUGAUGUGGAGUCCACUCUGAUUCUCUUACAAGAGCAGAAUCAAGCCAUCAGAGAGGAGCUCAACCUGCUGAAGAGCGAGAACCGCAUGCUGAAAGACCGGCUCAAUGCUCUGGGAUUCUCUCUGGAGCAGAGGCUGGACGGCUCUGACAAGCUGUUCAGCUAUGCCUCCCUGAGUCCAGAACUGGCAGCAGGUAGUGGGCACAGUGAUGGUGGUGGCACAGGUACUAUGACCUCCUCAGUGGAAGGCUCUGCCCCUGGCUCAUUGGAGGAUCUUCUCACAGGACACCAGCAUGGAGGCUCAGCAGACAACCUGGACAGUGAAUCCAGUGAGGUCUACCAAGCUGUCACCUCCAGUGAUGACGCACUGGAUGCACCGUCUGGAGCUUCCUCAUCAUCUGAGUCGGAGUGUGCACCUAGCAGGGAGCGCUCACGGAGGGGCAGCAGUGGCAAUGCCAGUGAGGUGUCGGUAGCCUGUCUGACAGAGCGCAUCCAACAGAUGGAGGAGAAUCAGCACAGCACUGCUGAGGAGCUUCAGGCCACACUGCAGGAACUGGCUGACCUGCAGCAGAUCACCCAGGAGCUGAACGGAGAGAAUGAGCGGCUCGGUGAAGAGAAGGUCAUCCUCAUGGACUCCUUGUGCCAACAGAGCGACAAGCUGGAGCUCUAUGGCCGCCAGAUCGAAUACCUGCGCUCGUUGCUGGAUGAGCAUCAUAUAUCCUAUGUGUUGGAGGAGGACAUCAAGAGUGGCCGCUACAUGGAGCUGGAGCAGCGUUACGCAGAUCUGGCAGACAAUGCCCGCUUUGAGAGAGAGCAGCUCCUGGGGGUGCAACAGCACCUAUCCAAUACAUUAAAGAUGGCUGAACAGGACAACGCUGAAGCCCAGGAGAUGAUUGGAAUGCUGAAGGAGAGGAACCAGCAGAUGGAGCGCCUCUUGGAUUCGGAGAGACAGGAUCGAGCUGCCAUGGCGGCCGCGCUGGAGGAGUACAAAGCAGCAGUGAGCAACGACCAGGCGGAGCUGAGCCGCUGCCGAGCCCAACUGGAUCAAGAGAGGCAGAGGGUGGCCGAGCUGUACUCUCUCCACACUGCGGGAGACAAAAAUGACAUCUGCCAGCUGCUAGAAGGUGUUCGGCUGGGGAAAGAGGAGGCUGAGGCCAAAGCUGCAAAGAUGCAGGAGGAGAUGGAACAAGCCCACAGUGAACUCAACCGGCUGCAGGAGGCUUUCAGUAAGCUGGACAGGGAAUAUAGAGACUUCCAGGACCAGGCGCAGCAGCAAAUGGCUGAGCAGGAGCGUGCACUGGAGAAGCAGCGCAUGGAGCUGCAGGAGAAAGACACGGAGAUCGCAGACAUGAAGGAAACCAUCUUUGAACUGGAGGACGAGGUGGAGCAGCACCGAGCUCUUAAACUCCACGACAAUCUCAUUAUCACAGACUUAGAAAACUCUGUGAAGAAGCUGCAGGACCAGAAGCACGACAUGGAGAGAGAGAUUAAGAUUCUUCACCGCAGACUGAGGGAGGAGUCAAUGGAGUGGCGUCAGUUCCAGGCUGAUCUGCAGACUGCUGUCGUCAUUGCUAAUGACAUCAAGUCGGAAGCACAGGAGGAGAUUGGGGACCUGCGGCGCCGACUUCAGGAAGCCCAGGAGAAGAACGAGAAGCUGAGCAAAGAGCUGGAUGAGGUCAAGAGCCGCAAGCAGGAGGAGGAGAGAGGCAGAGUGUACAACUAUAUGAAUGCAGUGGAAAGGGACCUAGCUGCUCUCAGACAGGGGAUGGGUCUCAGCAGACGAUCCUCCACCUCCUCAGAGCCCUCACCCACCGUCAAAACACUCAUCAAAAGCUUCGAUAGUGCGUCGCAAGGUCCUCCUUCAAAUGGUGCCUCUGUGGCUCCAACAGCUCCGGCUGCCCCGCUACCACGAACCCCCCUCAGCCCCAGUCCCAUGAAGACGCCCCCAGCAGCUGCUGUUUCACCCAUGCAGAGACACUCCAUAACUGGGUCUAUGUCAUCAGCCAAGCCACUCUCCUCUUUGAGUGAUAAGAGGCCCAGCUACACAGACAUCACCAUGCCAGCCGAGCACCUUCUCAGGGGAACCUCAGCUAGCCGACCUCCAUCUGCCCUCCAGAGGGUCUCCAACAUUGACUCCUCCAAAGCGAUUUCAGUGACCCGGCGGAGCAGCGAGGAGAUUAAGAGGGACAUGUCAGCCUCAGAGGGGUCCUCGUCAUCGUCCCUCAUGGCUAUGAAUGCAGCCCCCUCCCCACUCUCUCUGUCGUCAUCAUCCCCAACCGCCUCCAUCACUCCCACAGCUCGCAGUCGCCUAAGAGAAGAAAGAAAGGACCCACUGUCAGCACUGGCCAGAGAGUAUGGAGGCUCUAAGAGGAAUGCUUUACUAAAGUGGUGCCAGAAGAAGACUGAGGGCUAUCAGAACAUUGAUAUUACCAACUUCAGCAGCAGCUGGAACGAUGGCCUGGCCUUCUGCGCCGUUCUCCACACCUACCUACCUGCACACAUCCCGUACCAGGAGCUCACCAGCCAAGAAAAGAGGAGAAACUUCACCUUGGCUUUCCAGGCUGCAGAGAGCGUGGGCAUCAAAUGCACUUUGGACAUUAAUGAGAUGGUGCACACAGAGAGGCCAGACUGGCAAAGUGUCAUGACUUACGUCACAGCCAUCUACAAAUACUUUGAGACCUGACUUCACCGUCUCCAUCGCCCUUCUCCUGCAGCACAAUCAGAGCCACACUGACUGUCAUGAGCCCUCAGCAAUUCUUCAACCCCUACGUCAACUGUUGCUUAGCCCCUCCCCCUGCGUCACAGCAACACCCAAUCACGCUGCAAGUGUGUCCACAAUAUUUAACAACACGCACACAACUGCAUCAUCCUCACAGUGCCGCUGAGGAGACACCUAUGUAGAGUCCAGGGGCUUUCCUGUUUGUUUACCAUUAAACUAGAAAGCCAUGAGAAGGACGGGAUGUGAAUACCUGUAGUUCAUUGUUUUAUCAGUUCAUAUUUGAAGGAGCAGCCUGAAAAAGAAGCCAAGUCUCAGUGCCUUCUGUCUGGCUUUGUCUUGCAUAUAUUUCCCCACUCUGCACCCAUUCUCCAGGCUGUAGUUUGUUCCGGGGGAAUUCCAUCAAAUCUGACUUUAAACAUGUUGCUUUGCAGCAGAGGUUUUAUGAUAGGGUUUUCUUUUUGAUGGUGAAUAAUUACUGGAUGUUUCCCUGCUAAAUGUUCACUUUCUGCACUAUAACAAACCAAAGGUUAGUCAUGUUGGAGUUCCCCCUAAAACUUUGAAAAAUUCCCUUCGCUCAGACUUGAGACAGAUGCAGGUUUUUACUCCAAGUCUUCCAGAUGUUACAGUGCGAUGACAGAUGCCUCUCCUUCAAUGGAUAAAGUGCCUGUGUGAGUUUUGAUGCAGGAGACCAGAAAACAAGCUCUUUUGCUCCAGUCUGUAAAGCUGAAGAUUUGAGGAGUUGCCAAAUUAAUUUCAGACUCAUUGGGCCAGACUGAUGCUGAUGCUGCUGCAGCUACUGCACCGGCAUCUGAUCAUGACUGGCUACUUCUCAAGGACAGGUGUACACUUUGUUCUGCUACACUUUCCUGUUGUUGUUAAGCGGCACUAACACACUACGAUGAGUUUUCUGUAACGGAUCCAAGAGUUUAGACUAAUAUUCUUUUGCUGUGCUAAACUCCACAACUAUAUAAUGUAAGUGUUUGCAUUUUAUAGGCCUGCAGUUGCCAUCUUGCACUUCAUUCAUUUGGCACAUACAGUACUCAGCAUUGUUUCAUCAUAACCAAAAUAUGAGUGAGUAGUAUAGUCUUUUGUUAGUCAGAACCUUAAACUUCAGAGAAAUGAUCUCAUAUGUAGACUUCAUACUCUGAGGACAGACUCUGGUUUUUAGGAAACAAGAAGAGAUGCUUUCAUGUAUGAAGACACAUUUUUCUAGGACAAAGAAGUGUUUCGGAUAAAGCAGGAGUUGGACAUUUUCGGUGAUGCAUUUGGUUUUCUUUUCCUUGUAACUGAUUGUGAAACUCAAUCUGACUGAUCUUUAAGGUGUGAUCAAAAAGUUCUGUGAACUGCCCGUGAAAAGCAAAUACCUUACCUGUUUUCAUUUUGGCCGCUGUCCCCUUCAAGGUCACAUCCUUCUGCACCUCUGGACAUGGCUGCUAUUAUUAGAUCUUUCCCUAGAAGUUCUGUUCUGACUGCUUGAAUGCAGGGAGCCAGGUGUGGGAGUGGUUAACAGUUACUGUUUUGGUGUUCGAUGCCUUCAGGUGCCUCAGGUCUUUAGAUUAGAACUCCCAGUUAGGUCUGACUGUGGAACAAAAUCACGGUGUGCAACCCUGUGAAUGUCCAAAAAUGACAAGCACAUACCCCUUUGUUGCUUUGACCCCGUGGACUGUUGUACUCGACGUGAAAGUUGAGCCAUUUUGACACAGAAUUUGAUGUUUGCUUUCUGCUCAAGUUCAAGGUCUGUGGUUAAAUUAUAAGUUUGUACACACAAGUGGUUAGAACUGGACUUCCAGGAGGUAAUUCAAGCAUAGUAGGAGCACAGGAAGAGAUCCAAAGGUGCACAAGGCAGUGACCUUUAAGGGGAAAAGUGGACAUAUUAAGAUGGAACUCGUAGCAAGAAGGCAAACGGGUAUAUUACACAAAAUGUCAGAUUCUUGCUUUAACUUUUUUCAAUGAUAUACAAAUAAUUAGGUAAUCUAUUAUGCUAUUUGAUUUUUAAAAAAAUUUUGGUGUUCGUGCUUUUGCAGUGUUUGGCAGGUUGUUAAUAUGACUAAACAUUACUAAGGAGAUAACUGUGUUGCGCAUAAUGCCAUUUAAUUACUCUAACUUCAGUCUGCACCGUUACUGUCAUGCUGUCUGACUGCUGUGUGCCUCGACAUACCAGGUUCACUGUAUUUAUUUGCAUAGUUCAUUAUAGCAAGGUCCUUGCUUUGUUUGUGUCUUACAUGUAUAUCAAUUUAUAACACACACAUCAAGUAGCUGCACUGAUAAGCUUUUUUUUUUUUUUUUUGUAUUCCACACUAAUAUCCUGCCUUAACAGUUAAGCCGAUAUUUCUCAGACUGAAAAUGUGACAUUUUAAGCUGCAGUCAUCUUUCCUCACCAGGCGUGUUUCACAGUCUGGAAACAGUUUGGAAAACACUUUCCUUCAUGUUUGUGCCUCUCGAGAAACGCUGAAAGUGAGCGAAGGCGGUGAAUUUUUUUUUUUUUUUUAAAUCUUUUUAUUGAAGCUGAUGUUGAUUUCCCCUCAUGUCUCUAGUGAAGGUGACUGCAGUGCAUACUGUUUUGAUUUAGAGCUGAUGUAGCUGCCAGCUGGUAUCAAUAGCAACAUUAGAAACAACUUUUUUUUUGCCUCGAUUUAGAAGCGAGCCGUUUGCCAAGACCUUGUUGCUGCAGUGUGUGAAACGGUGGAUGAUCAGUGAUUUAAAGCGAGGUCAGGGGCCCACCACCACGACUUUGUUUUUGUAUACAAGAUGGAGUAAGAGUGAGUUAUUUAAUGACUUUUGAAUGCAGAGGCUCUUUGCUGAUGGUGCUUUUAGUGGUGGCACAAUCCUGAGGAUUAUCAGCCAGCAGUUUAAAAAAAAAAUUUUUUUUUUUUAAAUUGUGCUCUGCCUGAUUCCACCGCUGGCCCAUAUAUUUUAUUGCUCCCGACAGGAACGAGAGCCGCAGAGGAGAUUCGAAGCCUCACAGUCCUGCAAGCAGAAUGUGUUUUGAUCACGCUUUAGUGAUCUUGGGACUUUUUUUUUUUUUUUUUACAACAUCCAACGUGUGCUGACGUGUGGUGAUUGAUGACCACCGAGCCCAGCCUGCUGAGGAGAGACCAGACGUCUGGCAAAGGCUAGGAAGCGCAUUCCACCUCCACAUGAUGCAGCCAUGAUGGACAUAUUACCACAUUGUUUGGGCCUUUAGAAAAGGCCCUCGACGUGGACGUGAAGAGUUUAUGUCUUUAGUGGGUCCACUACAUCAUGCUACUUUUAUUUUUCUUUAUUUACUUGAAAAUGCUCUGAGAAAUUCACUGAACAUUCUUUAUUUUGUCUUUUUGUUUCCAUGUUGCCUUUUAAAAAAAAUACCAUAUUUUACAGUCUGAUGAAGAUUGUUAUUGAAGUGGAUUUUCUUUCCUGAUCACACUACAUGUGCUGAAACAGUCCCUCAGCAAAGUCAAAGCUGAUCAAUAAAUGUGUGUGCGUGUAAAGGGACUAAGCUACAGUAUUAAGUGAACACUAUGAUGAUAAUCAGUUGUACGAAAAAUAAAAAUGCUGUCUGGUUUUGCUUUAUUUUUUUCCCCUGUAGUGAUAAAGGACCAUUGAACAGCCAUGUUUGUUGUCCUUUUUCAGCAGUGGUGUGGGCUGAGGGAGGUGUUCCUUCCACAGGAAGUGGUUGCAUCAGACACUUAAUUUUAUACAUUUUCUGCAUUGGUUUAUGGUCCAAAUGUCAUUAUUUACAUAAAGCGAAACAAAAAUCAGGUACCAUGUAACAGUUCAACAUAAAGUAUGGAAUAUAAUGCAGUGAGGCUCUCUGACUUUAUUUAUUCAGAUAAUUAUUCUCAUUUAUU